CUCCCACUUUAUUUCCUCUAUACAACUCUCCUCUUGUCACCCUGAACCUACUUCUGCUCCAAAAGCAAUCAAGGGGCAGUUAAGCGGUAAGCUAGCUAGCUUAGCUAGGCAAUGGAGCAGCAGGGCCAGGCGGACAUGGACCUGCCCCCUGGCUUCCGCUUCCACCCGACCGACGAGGAGCUGAUCACGCACUACCUCGCCAAGAAGGUCGCCGACGGCCGCUUCGCCGCCCUCGCCGUCGGCGAGGCCGACCUGAACAAGUGCGAGCCCUGGGACCUGCCAUCUCUGGCGAGGAUAGGGGAGAAGGAGUGGUACUUCUUCUGUCUCAAGGACAGGAAGUACCCGACGGGGCUGAGGACGAACAGGGCGACGGAGGCAGGGUACUGGAAGGCCACGGGCAAGGACAAGGACAUCUUCAGGGGCAAGGCGCUCGUCGGCAUGAAGAAGACGCUCGUCUUCUACACGGGGCGGGCGCCCAAGGGGGAGAAGUCCGGCUGGGUCAUGCACGAGUACCGCCUCCACGGCAAGCUCCAUCUCGCCGCCGGCGCCCUCGGCCUACCCGGCAAGCCCGCGUCGUCCAAGAACGAGUGGGUGUUGUGCAGGGUGUUCAAGAAGAGCCUCGUGGAGGUAGGCGCGGCAGGAGCAAAGAAAGCCGCCGCGAUGGAGAUGGCGAGGGGUGACUCGACGUCGUCCGUGGCGGACGAGAUCGCCAUGUCUGUCCUCCCUCCGCUCAUGGACAUGUCCGGCGCAGGCGGCGCCGUCGACCCGGCGACGACGGCACACGUGACCUGCUUCUCCAACGCGCUGGAGGGCCAGUUCUUUAACCCGACGGCAGUACACGGGCACGGCGGCGAGGAUCAUCAUCAUCAUCACGGCCUGGCGGCAGCCCCCUCCUCCUCGUUCAUGGCGAACUUCACGCAAUACGGGCAGCUGCACCACGGCGUGAGCCUGGUGCAACUCCUGGAGAGCUGCAACGGGUACGGUGGCCUCGUCGACAUGGCGUCGGCCGGCAGGCAACUCCCGGCGGCGUGCGGGGGCGAGCGGGAGAGGCUGAGCGCGUCGCAGGACACCGGCCUCACCUCCGACAUGAACCCCGAGAUCUCUUCUUCCUCCGGCCAAAAAUUCGACCACGAGGCCGCGCUGUGGAGCUACUAAAGGUUUGAUCAGCGCCGCGUUAAUUGCGGGCGAUUUAGCGGGGUAGCGACUACUGUAAAUAAAACCGUGAGACCGAUCGAGGCAUGCAUCUACCAAGGUUUGCUUCAUGUUUGCUUGUACCUAUUAAUUAGACGUAGAUUAUUUGGUGAUUUGGGAGUUGUAAUUAGCAUUGUUUGUAACUCGUAUCAGAAUUAAUGAUGCAGUACCAUUCGGAGGGUCAGUUAAGCAA